AUGACAAAAAAUAAGAACAUUACUUAUUCUUAUUAUUUGCUCGUGCUAGCCCCACUGGUUCGGUCGUUCCUUUGCUGGUUUCCCCAGAGUAGUCCUUCCGCUGCAGAGUAUACUACUUCGGCGUAUGCCGAACCUAAUAGUAAUACGGUGGUUGUCAGUGAUCGACAAUUUCAUCCUCGCCCCCAUGUGUUAUGGCUGGUAAAUAAUCGGAAUACAAUCCUCUCCCCUCCAGGCCAGCAGCCCCAUCAACGAGAAAGCGAACAGCGAGAAAAACGCCAUCAUGCCAAACACCCACCCGGGCCCAACGCGCGCCUCCCACGGGUCAAUGAAGAAUGGGAUCGCAAUCCCCAGGAUCAGACGGAAGAAGUUCAGCACUGUCGUAACCUCCGCCGCGUGCCCCGUAAAGCACUCGGCCACGUAGUUGAUCGUCACCGGCACCAGGGCGAUCUCGCAGAAGCUGAUGAGGAAAAGCGCCAGCGCGAGAACCAUAUAAUGCAGAUGGGUGUUCACUCCCACGGCCCAGCCGAACGCGAUCAAGAGGAAGGUCCCCGCCAGAAGAGUCACCGGGCAGAUCGCGAUGAGAAACGCCGCGAAGGGCGAGUUUCCGCCCUGUCGUGGCGCGACCCUGGUACCAGGGAAAAAGGUGGCCACCCGGUUCAUGAGCCAACUUCGGGGCAGAUCAUGCUGUUCUUUCCCAUCCCGCGAAAAGGACGUCUCCUCGAGGAAGAGAAAGACGAGGAUGACUACAAGGCCUUCCACUCCUACCGUCCACCAGAACACGACGGGCCAUGGAGCCGAUUUCACAAUGAAUCCGCCCACAGCAGGCCCGACUUGCGUACCGAAGAGCGUGCACAGUGUAUAGCAUGCAAACGCCUUGCCUCGUUGGUGCAGAAAGAACAUGUCAAGCACUAUCCCAGCGCCGAUCGUAGAGGCUACAGAUCCAAACGUGCCCCCGAGCCAUCUGGAGAUAACAAAGAUGACGUAGUCAUCACUCCCCGUCAUGCAAGCCGACCAGAUACCGCAGGCCAGGGUCCCUAG